AUGGUGGAUAUUCGAAAGGCGUAUGAUACAGUCAGUUGGGAUUUCUUGAGAGAGGCUCUAGAGGGAUUUGGCUUCCCGUCUAUUUUCACAGGUUGGAUAAUGGAAUGUGUCCAAACGGCAUCUUUCUCGGUGAGCAUUAAUGGCAAUAUAAAGGGCAAGUUUAAUGGGGAAGCGGGGACUGAGGCAAGGAGAUCCCAUGUCGCCGAUGCUUUUUACUUUAUGCAUGGAAUAUUUCUCGAGGAUGCUGAAAAGGGUGAUACUAGCUCGGUGGAAAUCUUGAUGCAAGCUCUCAAUGAACUGGAAGGGACUUCGGGAUUAGCUAUCAAUGCUACCAAGUCCAAAUUGUUUUGUGCAGGGGUACGGGAGGACCUUAGCUUCACCCGAAUCCCAGCAGGUACCCUUCCAGUGAGAUACCUCGGUGUCCCGCUAGAUGCCCAGAAAUUGAGGGUAUCAAAUUAUGGGCCCCUUUUUGAUUCAAUUAACAAAUACAUCUCUGUUUGGAAGGGUUUUUGUUUGUCCUAUGCAGAAAAUUCUUGUGGGGUGGGAAAGCGAGCUCUUGUUGCAUGGGAUGUGAUAUGCAAACCUAAAGAUGAGGGAGGGCUGGGUUUGAGAAGCUUGAAACACUGGAAUGAAGCAUUCAUGACAAAAAUCAUUUGGAAUAUCCAUGCCCGAAAGGAGACCUUGUGGAUUCGUUGGGUCCAUGACUUCUACUUAUCUAACAAGGAUUUCUGGACAUGGAAACCAGGGGAGGGAGGACUCUGCCUUAAUGAGAAGUUUAACAAAAAUUAG